GGCGGGACUUCCGGUAGAGAACAGGUUGGACAUAAAGUGACAGACUUCACCUCCUGAAAUUAGGAAGAAAACCCCAAAGGACGACGCGUUACAACUUAUAAAACAACUGGGGAUGAUUGUCAGACAUGGACGACAUAAACCUUCACUAUCGCUUUCUGAACUGGAGGAGACGGAAUCGAGAAAUUCGUGAGGUGCGAGCAGUGCGCUACCGGGAUCGGUGGAGGAAUAUGGCUAGAGACGGUGACAUACUCAGGUACCAUGGGGAUUCAGACGAGGUCGGCUGUUUUGUGGCAGCGAGACCUUUGUCGAAAAGGAGGCGCUAUUUCGAAGUGACUGUCAAUGACACAGGAGUGAGGGGGAUGAUCGCUGUUGGUUUGGUGCCUCAGUCCCACAAGCUGGAACAUCAGCCUGGCUGGCUCCCGCACUCUGUGGCUUUUCAUGCCGAUGAUGGCAAGCUCUAUAAUGGGAGCACAGUUGGACAGCAGUUUGGUGCCAAAUGCUGCAGAGGUGACAAAAUCGGUUGCGGAAUAUCGUUUGACUCCGAUGACGGACAGAUAACAGUGUUUUUUACCAAGAACGGCGAAGAAAUUGGCAGUGUUGAGAUCCCAGCUAACCCUGAGGAUCUGUACCCAGCAGUGGGGAUGCACUCGUUAGGCGAAGAAGUGGUUCUGGACCUGAAUGCUGACUGGAGGGUGGAGGAUGACGACGGACAGAUGAUAGUUGAUAGUCAUGAAGAGGACUGGAGCCGUCUCCAUGACGUCAAAGUGACUGGCACGCUGCUGGAGUACACGGGGAAAGGGAAGAGCAUCGUGGACGUGGGCUUGGCUCAGGCUCGUCGUCCUCUCAACCCUCGCUUCCACUACUACGAGCUGGAGAUCACAGACGCUGGAGAGAAGUGUUACAUCGCCCUGGGGCUGGCACGCAGGGACUACCCAAAGGACAAACACCCCGGUUGGAACAAAGGGUCCAUAGCUUACCAUGCAGAUGACGGGAAGCUGUUCCACGGCAGCGGCGUCGGGGACCCCUUCGGGCCGCGCUGUUUGGAAGGAGACACCAUGGGCUGCGGCAUCAUGUUCCCGCGAGACUUCAGCACGGACGGCGCAGACGAUGCAGACGACUGGGACCCGGACGUGGCUUCCAGACCCAGCGCUGUGCAGAACAACCUGUAUGCAAACGACGAAGACGAGGAGGAGGAGGAGGGAGAGGAUUUAGAGGGGAGGAAGGUCAUGGUGUUUUUCACACGGAACGGCAAAGUGGUGGGAAAAAGGGAAGUGGCCUUACCACCCAGCGGUUUCUAUCCCACUAUAGGGAUGAUGAGCUCUGGGGAGAAGGUCCGAGUUGAACUGCACCCCCUCAGUGGUUGACUGAAAGCAGAUGGUUCCUGCAGAUCUUCGCCGCACCUUUAUGACGUAAACAUCACUUUCCAUGCUGACGAAACUCGUGAAAAGGCUUAUCAAAGGUCUUUAUGACGUCUGUGCCUGCAGAAACGGCUUUAUAAUCAGGAUUUUUUUGUACUGUAAGCAGCUGCUGAUUUUAGAGUGAAAUGUUGUUUCUGACGGUUUCAUCACGCAGGGUGACGUUUAAUGAAAUGCCAAAAAAAAAAAAAGGGUUCUUUAAUCUAGAAUGUAAAAGUGCAAAUAGAGGAGACCUUUAUCAACAAACGCAUGGACAGGAAUCUAAAUAAGGUGGUCCUGGUUAAAAGAAAGUACACCCUCUGUUCUAAGGUUUGAAUGUGUUACUAGAUUAUGUGAAAUUAUUUAAAUUGAACCUCAAGUGUACAAAACUACAAAUGUGAUUUAUUUAUUACACGAUGACGAUGCAGAAAUGAAAAAAAAAAAGACCCUAUAAUUCAAGGGGGGUGUACUUUCUUUUGACUGACUGCAAUGUGUUGGCAGCUGGUCCAAUACUGACACUCAGUGGUGAGACGGCUCAGUGAAACGACGCGCCGCGAUGCAGUCAGUGGGAGUCACUUCCUGACGUAAACACGCCGUGGUCGGAGGAAACGGUUUCAGGUUUAUCAUGAGGAAAUAAAGUGCAAUAACAAGCUGUUAAAAUCCAAACAAUUUUUAAUGCUGAUCGUUUGUUGUCUCGCAAUAAGAAGUCUUAAAGCUUUAAAGGGCGUUGCGAUUUGCUCCGGUAUCACUUCCACUCAGCUGGAGAUGCUCCUGAAACAUGAACGUUUCAACUAAACCACACGAAUAGGAGGAAUCCCAAAGAUUCUUAUUUAUGUGAGUAAAACGGCUUUUUACGUCCUCGCCGACCAGAUGAUGAAGGCAUUUUAAUGCCCAUAAACACCAAAUACUAAGCAGAAGUUGGACUGGAUCAGACGUACUCACUUUUUAUUUGAAAUGCAAAAGGUUUUCAGAUUUUCUCUGCUAAAUAGCUACUCUUUGACUUGGAGAAAAUUUAUAUUUUGACUUGAAAAGUGUUUUCAAGAGCCUCUCUCUCUCCCUCUGGGGAUUUUAAAUAUUCCCAAAGAAUAAUUACACAUAAUUUAUCACAAAGGUGUGUUUACUUUUUGUUUUUGACAUUAUUUUUAAUGUAUUUUUUUUUCUACUUAGAAACAUUUCCCAUCUUGGUGAAACAAUAAAUUAUUACUCUCACGUUUAAUCUUUCAGCCUUAACCCGUACACAUAAAAGGUGAUUUUUCACUUAAAGUAAAAAAGAAUUAAAUUCAAAUAUUACUUUUGGAAAGAAAGGGAUUUGAUUACUCGUAAAUGCAGAGAGCUAACUUUGUUUUACUCUGUAAACAGAAGCUAUCUGCAGUCAUCUGUCUUUUUGUUGUCCUCUGUUGUGGCGUCCAAAGAACUUUGGUUUACGUUCUCGCUGGCAAGCUGCAGUCCAGCCUUCAUGUUUCUCUCAGAGACAAAACAUUUCCUCCCUGAUCAACUCGCAUGAAAGGUAACCAGAAGCGAGAGCCUCUCUGUAGGUCCCCCCAUGACAGUUUAGGGCUUUUGGGGGAUUUCUUUUAGCAUCUUGCGGUCUGCUUUCAGGGUAAACUUGCUUAAACAGCCAGUCAUGGACACACUGGUUGUUGUUUGUAACGUCCUCCACUUUUGGACUGUUUCCCGUACCGUGGAGGGACUGAUGGAAAUGAUUUGGUUGAUGCCUGACCAGACUCAUCAGCUGCUGCCGUCUUCUUCCUAAAGGCCUGGGAACGCGCUUUCAUCUACAUCUCCUCGGUGUUGACCAACUCCAACAACCAGGAGCCCAUUAAAUCAGAUUUAAACAGGACAAAUCUAUCUGAGGUAACGAUGCUCCAGUCUGAUGUAGCUGAUGUGACGGCCAUGUGUGGCAUUUUGGCCAUUUCCACUGAGAAUGAAUGUGAGGUUGUCCAUGUUUCCAUUGUUUUUAAAGCUAUUUUCUUUCUUCCUAAAUGUCCUCCAAAUAUGCUAGAAAAACGGAAAGAAUUUCCACAUGACUGCAAAUGAAUGAAGCAAACAUUAAACUCAUGUAUUGUUAUAAGAAACAGAAAAUUUGAGGAUUGUUUGAAUAAGAAAAACACAAGGAAAAACUGCAAAGGGGAAUUAUCUCAUUUAUUCCAAAUUAAAAUAAUUAUUUUAAACUAUUACUUUAAAAUUGAAGCCAUACUUGCUGCUCUCAGGUAUAUUUGAUAAUCAAAGAUUUUAUGUUUUUUUUUUUUUUUUGUAGUUUCUUUUAGAAUUUUGUAAUUUUUUUUCUUCCUCCUGUGUUGGAUUUGCUUGUUUUUGACAAAAUUGUUCAAUAUUUUCUAGUCAUAAUUUUUUUUUCUUCACUUCUUAAAGUCAAACAUUUAUUCUCUUGUGUUUUCCGUGAUGGUUGAAAAUCCUUAUUCUUGCACCUGUUAAAAAAAUCUGUUCUGACAAUUUUCUUUGUGGAUUUGUGAAGAAAUGCGUUCUUAAAGAGGCUUUUAGUCAGUGAUGGUGUCAACAUUCAAGGGCUCACUCGUCUUUUUCAUCACCAUGGAAAACUGGUUUGUCAGCUACAGUUGCACGUGCCUGGAAAUCUGUGUUUUUUUUUUU